AUGUGCUCCUUGAAGCCUCCCCAGUCCGCUGCUGUCACGAGUUCAGCCUCGGCGCCUAGCGGAACGCCCGUCGGUGCGACAGGAACUUCUGGUUCCAGCGGCAACAGUUCCUCCCUCGGCGACGAGGUCGUCGCAACAACUUGGUACGCUGGAUGGCAUGGCACCGACUUCCCUCCCGAGAACAUCAGCUGGUCCAAGUACUCUGCUGCGACAUAUGCCUUUGCUGUCACGACUCCAGACGUAAACUCCGUAUCCUUGGCAGACUCCGAUGAGGAAUUACUUCCUCGCUUUGUCGACCUGGCACACCAGAAUGGUGUCAAGGCGAUGCUGACCAUCGGAGGCUGGACCGGCUCGACUUACUUCUCUUCAGCAGUUGCUACUGAGGCAAACCGGACCGCAUUCGUCAAGACAAUGACCGGCCUCAUCUCCAAGUACGACUUGGACGGUCUCGACUUUGACUGGGAGUACCCCAACAAGCAAGGAGCGGGCUGCAACAUCAUCUCCCAGGACGACAGCCAGAACUUCCUCUCCUUCCUCCAAGCCCUCCGCUCCCAAGUCGGAGACAACAUCACCCUCACCGCCGCCGCCGGCAUCACGCCCUUCGCCGGCCCCGACGGCACCCCCAUGUCCGACGUCUCCGGCUUCGCUGACGUCCUCGACUGGGUCGCAAUCAUGAACUACGACGUCUGGGGCUCCUGGUCCACAUCCGUCGGCCCCAACGCGCCCCUCAACGACACCUGCGCUAGCGCCGCCGACCAGCAGGGCUCCGCCGUGUCCGCCGUCAACGCCUGGACCGCCGCCAACUUCCCCGCGAACCAGCUCGUGCUCGGGGUCGCCUCGUACGGCCACAGCUUCAGCGUCCCGAACUCGGCCGCGCUCUCCGGCAGCGGGGCCGCCCUCGCGCCCUACCCCGCGUUCGACGCGAGCAACCAGCCGAUGGGUGACUCCUGGGACGCCCAGUCGCCCGAGAGCAACAUGUGCGGCGUCGUGACGCCCGCCGGCCCGUCGGGCAUCUUCGACUUCUGGGGGCUGGUCGAGGGCGGGUUCCUGACGACGAACGGGACCGCGGCGAGCGGGAUCGACUACCGGUUCGACGAGUGCUCGCAGACGCCGUACGUGUACAACCCGAGCACGCAGGUGAUGGUCUCGUACGACGACAGGAGCUCGUUCACGGCGAAGGGCAAGUUCAUCAGCGAGCAGGGCCUGCUCGGGUUCGCGAUGUGGGAGGCGGGCGGGGACUACAACGACAUCCUCCUCAACGCGAUCUCGGAAGCGAUCGGGAUUGAUGAUGUGAGUUGCUGA